AUGUUAUUCAAGUCUUCCAACCUGGUGGGACUUUGUAAUCAUUGCAUUCGGUUGAGUGCAGAUGUUGAAAAUCAGAUGAUCUCAGUUGAACGUGUGCUUAAAUACGCAGAGCUUGAUCCAGAGGAAUCAGAGCCUAUACAAGAUGCAAUCGAGACGUUGGAUGAACCAGAAAAUAAGUCAAAGCCCCCAAAAUACUGGACAACAGAGGGUCGCUUGGAGUUUCAGAAUGUUUGGCUAAGAUAUCGUCCCUACAGCAACUUUGCUCUUAAGGGUAGAAUUUCAACCCAUUCUCCGUAUCCGGAUAAAGUUAAUUCUGUAUAUACACUUGUCAAUCUUAAAUUUCUUCGCAUACGCCUAAAUCUAUUGCAUUUCUGUGUACUCAUAAAGGUUGGUAUCAUUGGACCUUCAGGUGCUGGAAAAAGCAGUCUUAUAUCAGCACUCUUCCGACUCGUGGAGGCUGAACGUGGCCGCAUUUUCAUCGAUUCUGUAGAUAUUUCAAGCCUUCCGUUGAGUGUUCUGAGACGCCGCCUUUCAAUAAUUCCCCAGGAACCUUUUACGUUCACGGGAACAAUAAGACAAAAUAUUGACCCUACUGAAGUGUGUGGAGACCAGCAAGCAUGGGAAGCCUUGGAAGCCGUGGACCUACGAAAAAUGGUUGAGUCUAUUCCUGGAAAAUUGGAUGGCAGCAUCUGCGAAGGUGGAUGCAAUUUGAGUGCUGGCCAGCGACAACUGCUCACUUUGGCCAGAACGAUUAUCAGAGGAAAUAAGAUUCUUGUGAUUGACGAAGGUACUGCCAGCGUAGACCCAACGUAA